AUGUUGCGCACAGUUUUAUUAAGUUUAAUAUUAUUGGUAUCAUUAUCAUCAUCAUCAUCAAUACUUCGAAAAUCACUUAAACGUCGACAAAGUGAUGCACCACCAUGUAAUGCUAUUGAAGGUUUUGAAUGUAAAUGUUCAUAUUUUCGUGUAUCAUGUACAACAACUCGUGAAUAUCCAUCACCAUUAAAAAUAAAUGAAAAUGAAAAACAUAAAUAUCAAUCUGUUGAAUUAGUUAUUGGUACUGCACAAGAUAUUCAUGUUAAUGAUCGUACAUUUGAAUCUGUCAAAGAAUUAUAUAAAAAUGAUGGAGAUAAUUAUGAAUUUCGUAUUAAAUUUGAAAAAUUUACUGGACUUCAUUUAUCAUCACCUGGAAUUUUCAAUCGAGUUUUUCCAGAUAAUAUACCACAACAUGCACGAAAACAAAUGGCAUUAGAAAUUUAUAAUCCUGAAGUUGCACCAAGUGACAAUAAACAUUUAUUUCAAAAUUUAAAUGUUGAUGCAUUAGAACUUUAUGCAUUAUAUCCAUUUCAUGGUACAUUUCAACAAUUAUUUGAUGGUGCAAAUAUAAAAUAUUUACGUUUAAGUGGUGGUGAAAUUCGAUCAGAUUUAUCACAAUCAUUUACAGGUACUAUAAGUCGUAUAGAAUUAGCUCGACAAGCAAGUGCAUUAUCCGUACAAAAUUUUCCUGUUUAUCCAGCACAUGAAUUAAUUAUAAAUGCUUUUUAUAUAACUGAAUUUAAUACUGAACAUCCACCAAAUUAUUCAAAUUUAGGUGAAUUACGUGUUUUUAGUCCUGGUCGUAUACCAGCUAAUGCAUUUCAACAAUUUCCUAAUAUUCAUACAUUAUCAAUAUCAACUGAUGCUGAUAUUGAUCCAAAUGCAUUACAUGGUUUAAAUAAUUUAGAAAAAUUAUCAAUUAAAGAACCUAGACCAUCAUUAGCACUUUUAAAUAGUGUACCAAAUAUUAAAGAAUUUGAAACAAAUAUUGAAAAAUUAGAUGAUGAUGCACAAUGUCAAUUAGUUGGAAAAUUAGCUAAUGGACAAAUUGCUGUUCAAGGUAUACCAAAUGGUCGUGAAUGUACCUGUAUAAAUGCUUAUUUAAGUACAGCUGCUGGACGUACACCAUGUGAACCACAAGGUUGUGAACGAUCAUCAUGUGCAACAAUAAAAAAUAAUUAUGAUACAUCAAUGCGUGUAUUUAAACCACCACCAGCUAUUCGUCGUGCUGAUGGUUCAGAUGCUUUACAUCCACGUGAACCACGAGUAUAUAAAUCAUCAUAUCAAGUAGAAGCUGGUGAUAGAGACAAACUUCAUCGUGCUAUACCACCACAUCAUACAUCACAUACACAACAAGAUGAUGAUAGUCAAAAACAUCAUGGUAGUCAUGAUCAAAGUUCAUGGCAACAACAUGAACAUCGACCAGACACUCAUCCUUCAUGGCCUACUUCUUCUGAUAUAAACCAUUAUGUUGUUACAGAUGAUAAUCAAAAAUCAGAUUCAUAUGGUUAUCCAUCAGGUGCAGAUAAUAAUCAAAAUGAGAAUACACAAUGGAAUUAUCCAAAUAAUAAUAAUAAUAAUAAUAAUAAUUAUCAAACCGAUAGACCUUCAUGGGAAAAUAUACCUGAAAAUAAUUAUCCGAGUGAUAGAGAUUCAUCAAAUCAAGACAAUAAUCAAUACGAUAAAUCCCAAUGGGAAUCACCAAAUGAGGAAAAAAAUCCUAGUGAUCAAUCUCAAUGGGAAAAUACAAAUGAGGAAAGCAAUCCUACUGAUAAAUCCCAUUGGGAUAAUACAAAUGAGGAAAAAAAUCCUAGUGAUCAAUCAAAAUGGGAUUAUUCAAAUCAAUACGACAAAGCCAAUGAUGUUGAAUCAGCAAUAACGACAACACCUAUUGAGUGGAAUUUAGACAGAGAUGAUACUACUACUACUACUCCUGAUUCAUCUCUAGAUGACCAACAAUCAGGACAAAAUCAAGAUGAUAAUCGUGAUGAUACUGACCAAACACAAGGAAAUGAAGGUGGAGAUACUCAACAAGAUGGAAAAGGUCAUGAACAUCAACAAGAUAAAGAAGGUCAUGAGCAUCAUCAGGAUAAAGAAGGUCAUGAUCAACUUCAAGGUAAAGAUGGUAGUGAAAAACAACCUGGUGGAAAUGAUAGUGAAUCAAGUUCUUCUGGUGGUGAAUCAAAUCCUGAUGGUGAAACAAGUUCAUCUAGUGGUGAUGAAGGAGUAAUAGCACCACCAAAGAAAGGAAUGAAUUGGUUACCAAUAAUAAUUAUUGCUGCGUCAAUUGCUGUUCUUCUUAUUAUUGGUUUAGGCUUUUUAUUUUUACGCAAAAAACGUGGUAAUAAAGGAUAUGGUCCAACAGCAACAAGUGAUCAACCAGCAGGAGGAACAACAGCCCGAGCAUAA